GACUGUCUUGGAUGUAAUAAAGUUUCAUCCUGUGGCUACACUGUGCCCCAUCUCUCCUUACUGAUUCUUGGUUGGUGGUUUUCUUUUUGCAGUUAGACUUGGCAGUGAGUGAAUGUAAAUCGUGGAUACAUACUAGCGUCUAUAGGAGUUGUGUAGAGGAGAAAACAUUUGUAGUUGACACUUUGAGGCUGUCACCUUCUUUGGCUUGAGUGGCAGCUGCUGGUUUCUUACCCUAAACCCUAAUCCUGGGCUUUAUUAUUUAUGGUUUUUUUUUUUUGUACCGGGGAUUGAACUCAGGACCUUGUGAUUUCGAGGCAGCACCACAGAGGCCCAUUCUUUAUGUUUUCGGCAGUGCUGAGGAUUGAACCUAGGGCCUUGCUUGUGCUAGGCAAAUGCUCUACCACUGAGCUACACUCCAAGCUCAAAUCAUUAUUAUUGAAAAAAAAUCCUUUUAUCACUUCCCAUGUGGAAGUGAUCUCUUCCCUGUGAUCAAAGGCAAAGAACAGCAGUUCCUAGGAGUAUUCGUUUCUUUGGGUCCUGUGAAGAUGACCACUCUUCAUGUGCUCCUCUGCCACCCUGUUGCCCAGCCCCACCCGAUGUGUGUGCAGCACCCUCGGGAACAGAGGGACCAUGUCACUGGUGGCACUUGUCCCAGCAAGGCCACCAUACCCGGGAAGACUGUCAUCGUGACGGGAGCCAACACGGGCAUUGGGAAGCAGACUGCCUUGGAACUGGCCAGAAGAGGAGGCCACAUCAUCCUGGCCUGCCGAGACCUGGAGAAGUGUGAGGCGGCGGCCAAGGACAUCCGCGGGGAGACCCUCAACCUCCAUGUGCACGCGCGCCGGCUGGACCUGGCUUCCCUCAGGUCCGUGCGGGAGUUUGCUGCCAGGAUCGUCAAAGAGGAAGAGCGAGUGGAUGUUCUCAUCAACAAUGCGGCCGUGAUGCGCUGCCCACAAUGGGCCACCGAGGACGGCUUUGAGAUGCAGCUGGGCAUCAACCACCUGGGUCAUUUUCUUUUGACAAACUUGCUGCUGGACAAGCUGAAAGCCUCAGCCCCUUCGAGGAUCAUCAACCUCUCAUCCCUGGCCCACAUUGCUGGGCACAUUGACUUUGAUGACUUGAACUGGCAGAAGAGGAAGUACAACACCAAGGCUGCCUACUGUCAGAGCAAGCUGGCCAUCGUCCUCUUCACCAAGGAGCUGAGCCGGCGGCUGCAGGGCACGGGUGUGACCGUCAAUGCUUUGCAUCCUGGUGUGGCCAGGACAGAGCUGGGCAGACACACUGGCAUGCACAACUCCACCUUCUCCAGCUUCACACUUGGGCCCAUCUUUUGGCUGCUAGUCAAGAGCCCCCAGCUGGCGGCCCAGCCCAGCACCUACCUGGCUGUGGCGGAGGAACUGGAAGGUGUUUCUGGAAAGUACUUUGAUGGACUCAAAGAGAUAGCACCAGCCCCUGAGGCUGAGGAUGAGGAGGUAGCUCAGAGGCUUUGGGUUGAAAGUGCCCGCCUUGUGGGCUUGGACAUGUCCCAUGAGUCCCGUGUGAGGGGACAGUCCUGCCCCAGAUAACCUCAGGAGCAGGUUUUCCAGGACAGAGCUGCAAGAUCAAGGAUGCUGACAACCGUGCAUUUUUCACCCACUAGGGGGCGGAAUGGAUCUUGUGAACCUCAAGACCAGGGACAUGGCUGCUAUGUCUUCACCUUCCUCUAGGCGCAGUGCUGGCACCAUGUGAAUUUAAAGACAUAGGGAUGCUAGCUGCUAUGCCUUCCCUAUUCUCUAGGGGCAGUGUUGGUCUCAAGACAAAAGGCACUGGGUACCAUACCCUUGCUAACCUCUAGGGGGCAGUGUUGGCACAUGUGAACUUCAGGUGUGCUGGCUGCUGUGCCCUCACCAUCCUCUAGGGGCAGUGUUGGCAAUGAACUGCAAGGGUCCUCCAGGGGCUGUGUUGGCUCCAUCUCUGGUAGCUGUACCUGCAGACUGGACCAGAGGUGGGCACCUGACUCAGGGGACUGUGGGGCACGGGCUUUGCGUCCCUUUGGGCCUGGGCUUGCCACUGUGGUGUGCACUGUAAUGACUGCCUCUUGGGACGUGUGGUCAGUGGCUCUGCCCGGCUCAGGUGGGGCACCGCUGGCUUCUUGGAGUUUAGUCUACUGAGGGCCUCUGUGUCAGAGCAGGCUGUGGUGCUGGACUUCUGCCUGAGGGGGCUGACACAGACCCUGGCCCGAUCACUGCGUUGUGAAGGACGGUGGACCGUGAUCAUCUGGGCCGCCACCUUCCCUCCGGUUCCUCUGCUGAUUUUAGCCUCAGGCUCUCAAAUGUGUUCCUCGGUAAUAAAAACCCCAAACCUA